AACCACUUAGCAUAGCUCGUCUUGUUACCUAUGCGUCAAGAAAUUACCUUCCCCCCCUCCCCUCAGUUCCAGGCAUUUACUGACAAAAUAAACAUGCGGUUCACAUUCUUUCGAUCACUUCUGCACUUUCCAUGGUCAUAUAUGGAGUCGAUGAGCGUAUGUCGUGUGUCGUGUGUUCAUGAUCGCGGGCCGUGGGUUGUGUCGAAUCUCGAUGCCAAAAGUGGGGGCCAAAGUACGAGAGUGGCCCAGCCUCCAAACAAACCCCCGCGACCCCCUGAGAGCAUCUCCAAUUCUCUAGGGCCUGGAUCAAAGGAUUCAUUAUCAGACAUCUGAUGCACAAUCAAAAUGUCUGGGGUUGAAAUCCUCGGGGUCGUCGCCAGCAUCGUGCAGAUAGCCGAGCUGGGUGGCCGUCUGUCCGUCAAAUUGUGCACAUUCUGUCAUAAAUUCAAGAAUGCCAACAAAGCACUGCGGCACUUGUCCAAAGAUGUCGCACUCACCUGCAAUGUGUUGCGUCAGCUGGGCGAGAGCUUGGGGCAGGAUGACUUGGCUUGCCUGUAUUCCCCCGACGCCUUUGAAACAGCCCAAGAUGUGCUGAGAGAAUGCGAGGAGGUCUUUCAGGACCUUGAAAGUGCAAUCGAGCAACACUAUCCAGAUCCCGUCUCGCAAUCUCGCAUUGACAAAGUGGCUCGUAAAUUCAAAUUUCUGUUGAACGAGUCCCAUCUCGACACUGUGGCUGGGAACUUGGAGAGAUUGAAGUCAACCAUGCUACUGAUGCUGAACGUGGUUAUAUACGCUGGGCAAAUUCGGAGUCGACGAGAGGCAUAUGAGCUUCAAGAACAGCGCAAUCUUCUCCUUAUUCUCACCAGUGAAAAGAUAGAGAGUGAGCGGAAUUACGAGAGGCUUACGAGAACUCUCCAAUUUACCAGCAUUACCGAGAAAUCUCCAAAGACAGAAAACUUGGAUGGCAAUGGCCAGCCAGAUGAAAUCAAGGAUGAGCUCUACCACUACUGCCAAAUGGUCAAGUCCGUUCUGCACGACAUCAACACUGUGCAACAGCUUCUGGACCGCGAUCGGUAUUUUAGAAUCAGAAGUGGCUUUAUCAAUGUGCACAAAGCGGAGGCAUCGGCGCUUCAGCGUGUCCAUGGGCAGAGAGCUAUCAGCCUCUUUCGUACCCAUCUGAACGAUAGCAUCCAACUCGAUACAUCCAGUCAGGCUUACAAUUCCUUGAAUUCGGUGCAGGAAUCGUUCCAAGUACUUCCUAAUCUACAAAGCUCCAGCAACUUCAAUGGGCCAAAUACGAUGAAACCGCCGCCAUCGCAAGUUAAUGCAUCAGAGUUGAGUGCUCAGCAGAUACGGGAACGUGCGAUGCUGAUAUCGAGGGAAUUCCAUCAUCCUCAGCCAGUCGAACAAUCUGCUGACCAAACUGACCCGCUGCAUUGCCAGCAGAGAGGGGCGCCACCGUUGGAGGUGCGACAAGCGCGAGCAAUGCAGUUGCAACACCAGCAAUUCCAGAGGUUGAUGCAGAAUGUGCUGAACAGGCCGGUGACGCAGUCACCACCUAUGCCACAGAUGCCGAGAUAUGGCCAGCAAAUGCAACAGCAACAAAUGCAGCAGCAGCAGAUGCAGAACAGGCCUAUGAUGCAGGCACAAUCAGUGCCACAGAUGCAGCUAAAUCCGCCUCAUUCUCAACCCAAUCAGCUCAUGACUCGGAAUGUUGGCGUUUCGAGCAAGAAACGGAAAGCAAUUGCGUUUUCAUCCGCCGAGGACAGCUUGGAGCCGCAGUCAAAUUCUGAGUGUAUGCCAGAAGCUGGGCAGCCAAAAAGGAUACAUCUGGAUUCAAGCACUUCUACGGAUGAAUCAUCCUCUACAGCUUCAUUGCCUGCUACAAAUGCUAGAACUGAAACCCAGGAUCAAGGGUCGGCAGCCAUGGAAGAUCAGCCCUCCACCUCAGAGGAUACGUCGACUGAAGGCCUCAAUACCUGGAUUCUACGAUGGACAAAACUGGAACAGACAGAGCUGAAGUAGUAAGCCUAACAAGGGAAGGUCAGUGCAAGGUAUUGCUGCUUAAAAACUGUACUUUUGACUGGGCCGUGAAAUAAGCAACAUGAAGUGGAUAUUUCUAGAGAGAGGUGAUAUUCAUCAUUAUGGUCCACAAUUACUAGAUCUCAAUCGGACUUGAACCGUGUAGCUUGUAGAGCCUGAUGUUGCAUGCUCACAUGAAUGAGAACCAAGAUACCGAGUCAAGUGAAGCGAACGGAGCGAAC